UCCGCGCAUCCUUUUUUCUCCGCCACACCCCACUUUCUCUUUUCUAUUUCUCUCACUCUUUUCUCUCAUACUUUCACCACCAUCUCACCCCCUCAACCAUUUACACAAUGAGUGCCCUCGAUUUGAGCCUCGGUUGCAUUUUAAUCGGUGUCCUCCUGAACGUAUGGUUGUACGGAUUUUCAUGCGUACAAGCAUAUAUCUAUUUCGCUCGUUUCAAGUCUGAUCGUACAUCUUUGCGUGUCUUUGUCGCUUUCCUCUUUUGCGCGGAUACAAUCAACAGUGUGCUAGACACCGUCUUCCUUUACAAAUACUUAGUCACAAACUUUGGUAAUUUGGCCUACGCAGAGAUCAGUAACAAUGAGUUUGCCACAGAUCCACUUUGCGUGCAAAUUGUUGGUUUUGCAACUCAACUCUUCUUUGCAUGGCGUAUUUGGAAAUUGGUUCCAGGCAGAUUCAAUUGGGUACCCGCAUUAAUCAUUUGUAUCUUGGGCUUCUUGAGUUUCUUGGGCGCUCUUGGUACAACCAUUGGGGUUGUCAUCGUUCGUCACUACACGCAAUUCCAAAAGUUUGAAGUCACCGUAGCUUUGUGGCUUUCUUGCACAGCUGCUGCGGAUAUCAUGGUCACCAUUUCACUCAUCACCACUUUGCAUCGUUCAAGAACUGGAUUCACACAUACAGAUGACUUGUUGACCAAAUUGAUUCGUGCAACGUUGCAAACUGGUUUACUCACCACAUCGUUUGCCGUCACUGACUUGAUUUUGUUUGUUUCCAGCACUAGCACCUUGCACUUGGUAUUCAAUCUACCCUUGUCUAAGCUAUACAUCAACUCUCUGCUUUCCACGUUGAAUGCCCGUGCAUUCAUCUCAAAGGGUGGCCAUUCAAUGAGAGCGGUCAAUUCAUCUAACCUGCAAAUUCACGGGGUUAGUGAUAUGAGCAACCUCAAGUUGGCCGAAGCAGGAUUGUCAUCUGGUCUCAGUAGUGCACUCAGUGGCAAGAAAGAAGAUAGCGAUGGGACCUUGUCUCGUACAACUGAAUUAACGAGUGCUAUCGAAACCGAAAGCAUGCCAUCUCCUGAUCCUCGCUCACCUGCUGGUCGCCCGUCUCAUGAUGGAUCCAGAAAGAAAUCGACAAAGUUCAAGGCUGCGUGGAAGCGUACAACGGAUCCCAAAUCAUUCGCUAACAUGAAAGAGACGGAGACCGAACAUGACAUCAGCCAAUACAAUGACGGCGAAGAUGGUGUCCAUGUGGUGACCAUUCAAGAGCGCUUUGAAAGUGAUUUGCCACGUUCGCGUGAUAGCAUUGCACCGGCGUUAUCGUUCAGUAAUCUCAACAACAAGAGCAUGGCUUCUUUUACCGAAAGUCAACGCUCAAUGGGCAACAGCAGUCAUGGUAAAGGUGGCGAGGAGGGCAUCAAUCAGAUUGCCUAUCAUCACAAUCAACAUCAAGACGAUUCAGUCGAAGGCGGUGAAGGUAAUGAUCUGACCAACUCAGUUCCUUUGCAAAAAAUUCAAAGCCGUCAAGGAUCACCAAAUGAGGCUACUUUGAGCCCAAUCGCAGCGGCUAGCAAUCGUCAAUCCAUGACUGCCCGUCAUCCAUACAGCCAAUGUUAGGCGGCCCUUGUUUAGGGGAUUUUUUCCUGUGCUCGAUUUACCUUUCUGUGUCUUUGUCAUAUUAAAGGAACUCAAAUAGCUAUUCAUAC